AUGACUAAAAGUUAUACCUCACAGGGUGCUGGGACGGAGAGUGAUGUGCCAAGCGUUACCGACAGUUCACUGCUAGGAGGAGACUCUGAUCAGCCCGGGGAAAGCGAUCUCACCAUGACUAUAGAUGCCGAUGAUACUCGUCUCAAAUUUCUAGCACUUUGCCUUGAUCAAGAUGAUUUUGAAAUGGUAAAGAUUAUAAAUCUUAAUCUUACUGGGCUCAAGUCAGAUAGAGAGGUAUUCCAAAAGAUCCGGGACACGUACCUUCACGAACGUGGAAACAAGUUCUUCAACUGGGUGUACACACGUUCCGGUUAUCUUGGUCAGCUGAGGUGGAUGCGGCUUCUACCUCCACUUUUUUUUUCAGUUGUCACGUUUAAGAUGCAACCUUGGACAACAGAAGACGGCCAGCCAUACGCUAUGGCUAUGAAGUCAACAGUAGAAGAUGUUCCGCUAGUACUAGAGGACUCUCUUCAGGCAGAUCUUGAGUCUAACUAUGACUAUACUUCGCCUUUAGAGAAGUCAUUGCCAACAGUAGCUAUGGCUGCAGCAUUUCGCGAUUUUCGGAACCCAUUAGGAGCCCGCCCUGCUCUAUGGACCUCAAAUUUCCUCCCCAAAAAACUUCAUUCGCCGCUUCCAUACCACCAUUCACAGAGAACGCUAGUGCAGGGUGUUGGCCUCUACGUUCCAGACAGAAUAACAUGCCGUGGAAAAGUGAUACUUUGGGGUUUUGUUAUAACAGUCUUGGCUUUUAUCGCUAUUAUGGCCGUCUAG